CCCCCGGCUCCCCCCCCCCCCCCCCCAUCUCGCUAGCCCCUAGCUCUGGGCCUCCUCUCGCUGUGCGUGCACAGCGAAGGACCGCAGGCUCGAGCGGUAGGGGUCGCUGCAUCGAGGAGGGCGCGGCGCUGCAGGAAGGCUGCAAGGCUGGCGGCUUCUGCCCACUGGGCGUCGCCCUGAAUAGUGGAGAUUCCCACCCCCAUUUCCCAAUUAUGGAUAGCCAGCAGCCAGCGGGGGAGGACUGAGGCCGCUCGCCAUUGCUCCCAUUUGAGGUAAUUUUCAAGGUCACAACUUGUCCUACCUGGUGUAGCUUAGCAACCUGUUCAGCAAAAUGAGGCCUUCAGAUGACAGGGCGCAGCUCUCAGGCUUUGCACAAUCAGAAGAAUCAACACUUGAUGUGGAGGGGCAUUGCUACCACCAACAGUCAUUCCCUUGUUCUCCAUCAAUGCAACCAAUUGCUUCUGGGUGCACACACACAGAGAAUAGCGCGGCAUACUUCUUAUGGCCGACAUCAAACCUACAGCAUUGUGCAGCUGAGGGGCGUGCAAACUACUUUGGCAACCUUUCAAAAGGACUCCUUCCCAAGUCUGGCAAGUUGCCAAAGGGCCAGCAAGCAAAUAGCUUGCUUGACUUGAUGACUAUAAGAGCUUUCCAUAGCAAGAUAUUACGAUGUUUUAGCCUUGGGACCGCAGUGGGAUUCCGCAUCAGGAAAGGGGUUCUGACAGAUAUCCCUGCUAUUCUUGUCUUUGUUGCUCGCAAGGUUAACAAGAAAUGGCUUAAUCCGACCCAAUGCCUUCCUGCAAUCGUUGAGGGUCCAGGAGGUGUUUGGUGUGAUGUUGAUGUUGUUGAAUUCUCGUACUAUGGCGCACCAGCUCAAACUCCAAAAGAGCAAAUGUUCACUGAGCUUGUUGAUAGGUUGUGCGGUAGUGAUGAAUGUAUCGGUUCAGGAUCUCAGGUUGCAAGUCAGGACACUUUUGGAACUUUGGGUGCCAUUGUAAAACGGCGAACUGGCAACAAGCAGAUAGGUUUCCUAACCAACCGGCAUGUUGCGGUUGACUUGGACUACCCAAACCAGAAGAUGUAUCACCCACUGCCGCCCAACCUUGGGCCUGGUGUUUAUCUUGGAGCUGUCGAAAGGGCAACAUCUUUCAUCACAGAUGAUGUUUGGUAUGGAAUUUAUGCUGGAACAAACCCAGACAUGCCAUGUUCUAAUAAACUUGCAGAGACAUUUGUACGGGCUGACGGGGCAUUCAUCCCAUUUACUCAUGACUUUGACAUCAAGACUGUCACAACUACAGUUAGGGGUGUUGGUGACAUCGGGGAUGUUAAGGUUAUAGAUCUGCAGUGCCCGCUUAAUAGCCUCAUAGGGAGGCAAGUAUGCAAAAUCGGCAGAAGUUCUGGUCACACAACUGGAACUGUGAUGGCUUAUGCCCUUGAAUACAAUGAUGAGAAAGGAAUAAGCUUCUUCACUGACCUCCUUGUUGUCGGUGAGAAUUGCCAAACAUUUGAUUUGGAAGGUGAUAGUGGGAGCCUUAUUAUCCUGACCGGCCAGGAUGGUGAGAAGCCACGUCCUAUUGGGAUAAUAUGGGGUGGCACAGCAAACCGUGGGAGGCUAAAGCUUACAUGUGACCAUGGCCCUGAAAAUUGGACCAGUGGAGUUGAUCUUGGCCGCCUUCUGGACCGUCUUGAACUUGAUCUUAUCAUAACCAAUGAAUCACUCCAAGAUGCCGUGCAGCAGCAAAGGCUUGCGAUGGUGGCUGCAGCCAACUCUAUCGUUGGGGAGUCUUCCACAGUAGCCCCUCCUGUCCCAGAAGAAAAGGUGGAGGAUAUGUUCGAGCCUCUGGGGAUCAAAAUUGAGCAGCUGCUUCGGCAAGACGUUCCGACCACUGGAACUGAAGGGGACGAUGCAGCUGUGACCGACGUGGAGGAGCACCAGUUCAUCUCAAACUUCGUCGGUAUGUCCCCUGUGCGCCAAGACCAGGACGCUCCGAGGCAAAUCGCCAACCUGAACAACCCAUCAGAGGAAGAACUGGCCAUGUCGCUGCACCUAGGUGACCGGGAGCCCAAGCGGCUGCGCACCGACACAGAAGCUGACCUUGACCUGGAGAAGUGAGGUGCUCAGUUCAGCUUCCCUACAUUCAGAAAUCAGAACUAGUCUGAAGAUCUUCUGUGGUCCAGCAAAUUGAACCUGCAGCGUUAGCUUAAACCAUCAUGCUCAUGGCGAAUGCAUUAUGAUGUACUAUGGUGAAACUUGAUUCAGCACUUGUAGGAGUUUAGGUGGGAUCCCGGCAGUUUUGCACUGUUCUCAUGAGACUUGAUAUACACAAAUGCUGAAUCCUCUACCAUGUUAAAACAAUGUAGGGAGCGAUGAAGUGAUCUUCAGCACUUUUUUCCUAUCAUUAUUGGUGAUGUUUUUCUCAA